AUGAGGUUGGUCUGUCGUGGUCCUGAGCCCUGGCCCAGGAGUUCCCUCAGCUCCCCAGAUCUGGUAGAAUCCCACCUUCAUCUCCCUGGAAGCCAGGGCCAGGCUGCCGGAGGAGCUGUCCACCGGGCAGGAGGACGUGAGCCACGGCGCCCCGGCGCCCCGGGGCUCCGCUCCCGCAGGGCCCGGCCCCUGCCCUCCCACAAGCCCGCCGGGGUGGGAGUGGAAGCCGGAUCCCGCUCUUUCAUUUUCGUUUCCCGGAAGGAUAGCGAUUACCGGAGCGCCCUGCCCGCCUGCUCGUCCGGGGAACUGAGCGCACGCUACCCGGCACGUCUUGAAAGAGAUUCCUCCCACGAGAAACUUGUUCCCCAGGCCGAGUUAGGCGUUUGGGAAGGGAGGGUCUGGAAGCGCUGGCCUAGGACUCAGCAGCGAGCAGGCUUUGGAGCACUCACGACGGGACAGCCGGGUGGCUCCCUCACCUCCACCUGUAAUGCAGGAGGGAGCAGUGGCCGGUUCUCCUGUGAGCCCCCUGGCAGCCACGCCACCCCCAGGCAGCCAGGCCCAAGCCAGAUGUGAAGCUCAGGUGGACCUGCUGGGUGAGGGGGGGAUCUGCAAGCUGCCAGGAAGACUCCGGAUCCAGCCUGCGCUCUGGAGCCGGGAGGACGUGCUGCACUGGCUGCGCUGGGCGGAGCGGGAGUACUCUCUGCAGCGCACCAGCGAGCACGGCUUCGAGAUGAACGGCCGCGCCCUCUGCCUCCUCACCAAGGACGACUUCCGGUUCCGUGCACCAGGUUCAGGUGAUGUCCUGUAUGAGCUGCUCCAGUACAUCAAGACCCAGCGGCAAGCCCUGGUAUGUGGCCCUUUGUUUGGAGGGGCCUUUAGGCAGAAGAUGUCCAGUCGGUACUGCCCCUACUCCCUGGAAGAGGGGACCAGGCCCUCCCAGGUGGGCCUCCAAAGAGGCCUCCUACAGCAGCCACCAGACCUGGGGCUUACCAACUCCUUGAGUUGCCUGGAUGCCCCUGGCCUGGCCAGGGGCCCCCUCGGCAGGGAAGAGUCCUUCACCUUACCUCACUGUGCGGAGCUCGGCUGUAGGGCUGAGGGCAUCUGUUCCUUCCCCGUGAUGCCGAAGGCCCCCGUCGACGGCAGGAUCGCAGACUGCCGGCUGCUGUGGGAUUACGUGUACCAGCUGCUCUCUGACGCCAGGUACGAGUCCUACAUCAGGUGGGAAGACAAGAAUGCCAAGAUUUUCCGAGUUGUGGAUCCUAAUGGGCUCGCCAGACUCUGGGGAAACCACAAGAACCGGGUGAACAUGACCUAUGAGAAGAUGUCACGUGCGCUCCGCCACUACUAUAAGCUGAACAUCAUUAAGAAGGAGCCCGGGCAGAAACUUCUGUUCAGAUUUCUGAAGAUACCUGGGAAGAUCAUUGAGGACAAGGGCAGCCGCCUGGAGCAGCAGGAGAGCCAGGAGCAGGACAAGAUGGAUUUCAAGGAGAAGAUGCUAGAAGUCUCUCCGUGAGGGGCACAUGGACUCUGGGCACCGGCAGACCGGAGACUGAGUCUCCCAUGAAGGCAGCAGUGAGCUGCACGGCCUCCUCCCUCCUCCCGGGGCAGCAGGAUCCCCAGGCAGGUUUUGCACUCACAGGAUCUCAGCUGUUGUCUCGGACCUUAAGGCUGCCUGGGGGACCUGGACCUGCCGAGGACUGGGAGGCUCGCAUCCAGGGUGUUGUGGAGGCAUCAUUCUUUGGGUAGAGAAGCUCUGGGGCUGAGUGGGGCACAGGGCGUGAGCUCUCUCCCUGCCUCACCCCUGGCUACCUGCCCAGCGAGGGCAUCCAGCCCGGCUGCUUCAAUUUACAGAAUAAGGAAGCAGAGUCCCCUCACUGAGCCUCAGCUUGCCUCGUCUGGCAAAGGGGCAUGCUCAGGAAAACCCACCCCAGGGGUCUGAUAUGUGAAACGGACAAAAGGAUGAUUGCUUUGUCAACCUUGAGUAACAAUAACAAUAAUUUUACCUGACAUUUAAGAGCUUACUGUGUGCAGGCCCUGUGCUCCGGGUCCUACCUAUAUUUUAUCUCAUUCAGUCCACACGCGGAGCCUGAGAGGUUCAAAGAUGGGCAACGGAGACUUGCAGAGCUGGGUGCCUCUCCCGAACCCGGUGCUGUUCCCUGUUUUCUGUUAGCGACUCCCCGUGUCUCGGGUGCUCCUCAGGCAGAGGCCACGGCCCUGCCUCUCUGCCCCUGGCAUCUUCGAGGAACAAUCCCCUUGUCCUCAGCUUUCAGUCCUUCAGUGACUCCAUGACUUUGACCCAGCGAAGGUUGCCACGCCUCUACCUGUGGCUUCCUACGCUCCUACACCUGCAUCUGCCAUGUGACUUUGGGUGAGUUGUUCCACUUCUCUGGAGCCUCAGGUUUGUCACCUGUAAAAUGGGGGCGCCGUCCUGACCGCCUCACAGGAGAAGCGGAAAACUUCAGGAAGACGACACUUGUGCCGUGCUCAGUGCCCGCCUGCUCUGUCAGAGGCUUACUCGCGCUGACUCAGGAAACUCUGCCAACCACAAGCUGCUCUAAGGUGUGAAGAUGCCUCUGCCCCCAACCCCCAUGUUCUGACUGGGGCCUCCUGAGGGGUCGGGGCCUCUGCCCCUGCACCCCCGGGCGGUCGGGGACAAAGCGAAGGGAGUGUUUUCACAUAAGCGGAAACAGAACUCCUUGGGUUUGCAUCCGCUUUCCCGGAAGGAGGAACCGCCUCUGCCGUUUGCCUCCCGCCUGUCAGAAAACCCCGUCUGGCUGAACCUGAGUUGGCCUGAGUCACUGCACAGGGGACGCUGAUAAGGAUUCUUGGACUUUGGGACUCAAAGCUCAUGAGCAGGGAAACUCCUGGCUGAGUCCCGUCUGGGGUUCUCGACAAUUCCACACCCAAAGGGGCCAGGCAGGGGGUCUCAGCAAAUAGGUUCAGCAGGAAAACCCUUCCCUGAGACUGUUUUCUCUCCGUGACCUUGGUCCAGGUUGGACCCACACCCCACAGCCUUUCUCAUCACCUCCAGCCCACAAGUGCGUGACCAGUGGAGGGACUGUCUAGAUGAACUCGUCCAACUUCUCCUUUUGUAAACAAUGCAGCUGAGGUCAGAGUGGGAGUGAUUUGCCCAAGGUCACGCGGCCCAGGGGGGCCUGCUGCCCCCUAACGCUGCCUCAGUUCUUCCCGUCUCACACCUUCUUCAUGGGUCCAAGGUGUGAGACAUGAGACACUCUGAAAAGUAGCCAAUCAUGUCUCUUUUGCCAGAUUACAUUAAUAACAUAACACAGUCGCGGGUCAUUUCUGCCAUUACGAUGUUGGCUUUUGCCUGCUGGUGUGUCAGUGGUUGAAAACACCUGCGUGUGCUAGGGACUGCGUGUUCGCCCCACGCUGGGACUCUCGGGGCCAGGA